GCGAGGAGCGACUGGUUUUUACUUGCACAAGGAAAUCUUGCUCUUAUUCGAGUGAAUACCAAAAUGGAAGGAAAAGAGUCGUGCGUCGACAUGGACAAGCAGCAGGGGAAGGCCACUGUGCUUCAAAAGGAGUUGGGCCUGCUAAGCGCCGUCUGUUUGAUUGUGGGCACCAUGAUCGGCUCAGGCAUCUUCAUCUCUCCCAAAGCGGUGCUGCUCUACUCUGGAGGUGUGGGCCCCUGCCUUCUCAUCUGGGCUGCCUGUGGAGUGUUAGCCAUUAUGGGAGCCCUGUGCUAUGCGGAGCUGGGCACCAUGAUCCCUAAAUCUGGAGGAGAGCAUUCGUAUCUGAUGGAGGCCUUAGGCUCCCCGGUGGCAUACCUUUACUCCUGGACCACAGUGAUGGUGUUGAAGCCCUCUGCCUUUGCUAUCAUCACACUGAGCUUUGGCGAGUAUGCCUCAGCUCCCUUCUAUUCAGACUGCAGCCCUCCUAUCAUUGUCACCAAGUGUCUGUCUGCUGCAGCCAUAGUUUUCAUUGUCACCAUUAACUGUUUGAGUGUCAAACUAGCAAGUUAUGUGCAAAACUUCUUCACGGCAGCCAAAUUGUUGAUCAUUGUCAUCAUAGUGGGAGCUGGUAUAGUUCUCUUGGCACAAGGAAAUACAGAGAACUUCUCAAACGCAUUUGACAACAAGCCAGUGUCUGUUGGGGCAAUUGGACUUGCCUUUUAUAAUGGACUCUGGGCCUAUGAUGGGUGGAGUCAACUGAAUUUCAUCACAGAGGAGCUGAAAAACCCAUUUAGGAACUUGCCUUUAGCCAUCAUCAUUGGCAUCCCUUUAGUGGCCGUCUGCUAUGUGAUGGUCAACAUUGCUUAUUUCACUGUCUUGACCACCAAUGAAUUACUGUCGUCUUCAGCCGUAGCUGUGACUUUUGGAAACAAAGUUCUUUACCCCAUGUCUUGGAUUGUUCCACUUUUCGUUGUCUUCUCUACAAUCGGCUCGGCCAACGGAAGCUGCUUCACUGCUGGCAGACUGGCCUAUGUAAGUGGCAGAGAAGGUCACAUGGUAGAAGUGUUGUCUUUCAUCAGUUUGAGGCGUCUCACUCCAUCCCCAGCAAUCAUUUUUAACGGUUUAUUGGCUAUUUUUUACAUAAUUCCAGCUGACAUCAACACCCUCAUUAACUUCUUCAGCUUUGCACAGUGGUUCUUCAACGGCCUGACGAUAUCAACUCUUAUUGUCAUGCGUUUCACCAGGAAGGAGCUGAAAAGACCAGUCAAGAUUCCGAUCAUAAUAGCAGUCCUAAUGGUCUUGGUGUCCUGCUACCUAGUCCUGGCCCCCAUCAUUGACAGCCCUGACAUGGAGUACCUCUACUGUACUCUAUUCAUCCUUGGUGGGCUCCUUCUUUACUACCCCUUUGUUCACCUGAAGGUCAAGUGGGCACGUAGACUCAUGAGGCCCAUCACCAUGCGUCUCCAGCUCCUGAUGGAAGUGGUUCCUCCAGAGAAAUGUGAGUGAGAAAAGGAAGAACCAGGCUGACUUCAAUUUGACUCUUUCAGUACCAGGAUACAUUUUCAUUUAUUCUUAAUCAACAAUACACCUUGAUUAUUAGCAAGAAUGUGUUUUAUUAAAUGUGUCUGGAACAUGCAGUUUGAAGAAAUCCCCACUAGAUGUCAGUAGAGCAUUGUUCAAUAGAGACAUGUUGUUAUAUUAACCUUGUGUUGUCAAAAGUCUAUUUUUACUGUAAAGUGUACUGUACAUGGCAUUUAAAUAGUGUGUUGUGUAGUAUGUUAAAAGUAUCAUUACUGCAUUACACCGACCUCAACUGAGUCCAAAUCAUCAGAAUUCUUUAGACAAUACUAUUUCAAUCGAAGAACUGGUAAAAGCACUGAGAUUUUCUCCGUGAACAAAAGCCCUGGUCCAGAUGGAUUUGGUGCGGAGUUUUAUCACGCUUUUAGUGAAAUA